AUGGGUUUCUUGGACUUCUGUUUCUCAUACGAAUGGCUCUACUGGACGGCGCCCACCGGCGAACCCCCAGCCGCUCCUAAAGGUCUCACACGGCACUGGGUCGAGACGCCAUCGGGAAGAAUCGAAGUUCUCUCCAACCAAGGCGCGAAUCCUUCGACAUCGAAAACACCGAUCGUCUUCGUCCACGGUGGCAUGGGCAGCGCCUGGGUAUGGACCGAGUACAUGCGAUAUCUAGCCAAGAACGACAUCCCGAGCUACGCCGUUUCCCUCCGCGGCCACGGCAACAGCUGGCACCCUUCGUACCUGAGGAUGGUGUACCUGACCACCAGACAGGACCUGGCUGAUGAUGCCCUCGCUGUCAUUUGGUGGGUUCAGGAAAGACAUGGGAGCGAGGUCCUUCUCGUGGGACACUCGAGUGGUGGCGGUCUUUGUCAGGGGAUAUUAUCUGCGCGGCAGGCUCAUGCGAAGGGUCUCGCGCUUCUUGGGGCUGUGCCUUGCUCUGGAUCGUCACGGGUCUACGCGAACUGGGCUGCGUUGGACCCCUGGUUCCUCGCCCGCAUGAUACUGCAGUUCUGGCAUCCAAACUCACCGCUCUCGCACCCUUUCCUGGUGAAUCAGGCCUUCUUCGGCGAUGAGAUGACCGAAGCCGGUGUUCUUGACUUCAUGAAACACGCCAACCGCUACGAGUCGUUCCUGUGGCCCUUCAGCAUGAUGUUGCCCUUCGCUAAGCCUGCUAGCAUUGUCAAUUCAAUAGGCGGCUGGGGAAGCGGCGAGCGAAUUCUUGUGAUGGCUGGUACUCAGGAUAAGUUGAUGACACAUGGCGUCACGUCGAACCUCGCGAGAACCUUGAGAACUGCAUUUGCGGAGCUCGUGGGCAGUAACAAGCUUGAUGCACAGGCUGACGAGGUCAAGCCCUUGGCUGGUGAAGGGGAUAAGGAUGAUGAUGGUGACUGGGUGAGGCUUGCUUGGGUCCCAGGCGCCGGACACCACUUGCAGAACGAUGUGAUGUGGGAGAUUGGUGCGAAUAAGUUGCUUGAAUUCUAUGAGCAAUUGUAG